AGGAAAAUACUCCAUGGACCGGACACAGAGCUUGUUGCUUCAAAAGUGCAGUAACUUUAAUGUUUUCUGUGUGUAACUUGCUGCCGGUUUGAGAUGACUAAGGUGGUUUUGGUGACGGGAGCAAAUAGUGGCAUCGGCCUGGCGCUUUGUGAGCGUCUCCUCUCGCAGGACACAGAAGGUCUCCAGUUGUGUCUGGCCUGCAGGAACAUGCGCCGGGCUCAGGCUGCUCGCUCUGCCCUCCUCACCUCUCACCCCUCAGCUCAGGUGGCCCUGCUGCAGCUGGACACCAGCAGCAUCUCCUCAGUCCUCAGUGCUGCACAGGAGGUCAAACUCAGGUAUAACCGGCUGGACUACCUCUACCUGAAUGCAGGCAUCAUGCCCAACCCACAGUUCGAUGUAAAAGCCUUUUUCAAAGGCCUCUUCUCCAGUAAUAUUAUCACCAUGUUUGCCACUGGCGAGGGGAUUCUGACGCAGAAGGAUGGCAUCACUCAUGAUGGCUUGCAGGAAGUAUUCACGACCAACCUCUUCGGUCACUUUCUACUAAUCAGGGAGCUGGAGCCUGUUCUGUGCCAGGCAGGCCGGACCUCACAGCUAAUCUGGACCUCCUCCAGUAACGCUCACCGCUCAGCUUUUAACCUUGAAGACGUACAGCAUCAGAGAGGCACGCAGCCCUACAGCUCCUCCAAAUAUGCCUCCGACCUACUCAGCCUGGCGCUCAACACACACUACAACAAACAGGGUUUGUACUCAUCUGUGAUCUGUCCUGGUUUUGUGAUGACCAACCUGACCUACGGCAUCCUGCCCUCCUUCCCAGCAUUCCUCUGGUCCCUGCUUAUGCCUGUCUUUUGGCUUAUAAGAAUAUUCACCAAUACUUUCACCUUGACACCUUAUAAUGGAGCUGAAGCCCUGUUCUGGCUGUUUAAGCAAAAGCCUGAAUCACUGGACCCACAAGCCAAGUACCAAAGCUUAACAUCCUGGCUAGGCAACAACUACACACAACCACGCAAGAUGGAUAUUGAUUUGGAAACAUCAGACACUUUGUAUGACAAAUUGCUACAACUAGAAAGUGAAGUAAGGAAGAAACUGAAGGAAAAACAACAACAGUCCUAACAUCUUCACAGUGGCCCCACAGGAGCUGGAUCAUCUUGAUGCACAUCACACAAUUCUGUCAUGGAGAGCGUUUUAUUUUUGGCUUGAAGGUCUCCUGGGAGUAACAUGCACACUGGCUGUCAGACCUCUCAGUAUUAACACAGCAACAUGCAAGUCUGAAUUUACAGCAAGGAUGAGCAAGACACAGUGACUCUAUGAGUAUUUUAAGCUUGAUUUGCUGUUUUCAUUUGUAUUUUCUGUUUCAGGCAUGAAAUAAAAAUGUCAGUUAAAGGACAAACAACCAGGAUUAUGCGUGUUGUGAUGGUUUGGGAGCGAGUUCAGAAUAAAACCUUGUGUUCAUCCACUUCAGUCCUCUUCUUCUCAGUCCACUCAUGAUCCAUUUCAUUAUAUAUCGGCAAUCUGGUUGUUAAUCCCAUGAUCCUCACGACAAAAUGCAGUGCAGUCCGACAACAGACUAUCAGUAUCAUGCCAAAAGUUUACAUAAGUGGUCUGCGUGAGCCCCUCUGCGGUGUAUGGUGGUGCCUGCAGAUGCGCACAGGCGCACCUGAAAUUCCGCUCAGGUGGAGGAUUUGGGGCGCAAACCCAGCAGUGGUCCCCGUGCACGGCAGCUUGUUUCUCAGUCCCGCACUCCUCCUCCUCUGCUCCGCUCAGCUUCGGGUUACAAAAAGCCCACACCAUCCCGCAGAAAUAGACGAAAAACGUGCCCAUGACCAUAACCAUGAGCGCGUAAGACUCUAUCAUGGCUUUGGUGACUGGAGAUGUCAUCUUUGAAUGCGCCGGAAUAAUAUGAGGUUGAGUUCUCAAAGUGCGUUCAGGAGAGACUGUCAGUGUGUCUGGCAUCAUCCUGUGGGUUGGACCACUC